CGCUCAAUAUAUAGUUUGGUUUACAAGGUAGAAUGACGCUUCUUUCUGUCGGAUUCUUUCAUUUCUGGUAAAAACACAUCGAGUGAGCAUAAGUACAUUAUUCCAGAAGGCGAUAGAAUAACACCAAAGAAUUAACAAAUUUUUCUACAAUAUAAAACGGCGAAUAUUUUCGGGUUACAUUAUAAUAUUCUUCAGUACUAUUAUUUACAAAUUGAAUGGUGUUAUCACUAUGUUGCAAUUGUGGGAAUCUUCUGACAAAAGCGUCAAGAAGAAUGUAUUGAAGCCUGGAGUGUUUUCUAAAAAACCAACGGAAUGUUCUACCUGUAAUAUUACCAUUCAGAAAAUAAAUGUCACAGGAAUAUCAAAAAAUGAUCUGAAAGACAAAUAUUAUACUGAAAUUCUUGAUAGUGAAUGUGAAAAAGUGUUAAUUAUUGGUGAAGCAAGUGCAGAAAUUGAUAAGCAAAUUGAACGAGCAAUUCAAAUGAUGAAUAUCUUUGAGAAAAGUCGUAUUACUAUUAUUAUGAAACAGUCAGAAGACAGUAAUAAAUCUGUAACAGUGGAAUUUGAGGUCACACUGACUCAAUGUGAACGUCAAAAAUCGAUCUGGGAAUGGAGCGCAGAAGAGAAAUAUAACUUAGCUUUGAAAUACAAAGAACAGGGUGUCAAAUUGUUCAAAGAUUCUAGAAUCGUCGAUGCAUUCCAUAAAUUUAGUAGAGGAUGUAAAAUUUUGAUAACAAUGGAACCAAUACCAGACCCAGACCUAGACUUAAACAAGCAAUUGGAGUCUGAUAUCAAUGAUUUACGCCUUGCAUUAUAUAAUAAUAUGGCUACUUGUCAACUAAGUCAAAAAAAUUAUGACCACACUGUUACUCUUUGUAGCAAAAUUUUAGACAAAGAUAAAAACAAUGUUAAAGCUUUAUAUAGAAGAGGAGUGGCAUAUGGAAGUAUGAAAGAUAAUGAAAAGGCUGUGGCAGAUUUGAAAGUAGCACUUACAUUAGAACCUAAUAACCAGACAGUAAAAGAACACUUUAUUAUCUAUAAUGGUAAAUUACAGGAAUCAAUUCAAAAAAGUAAUGAUAUGGUAAGAAGAAUGUUUAAAACUUAAUUGUAGAUUUAACAUUAUACUCAUAUGUACAUUGUUAUUAAUUAAUUUAAGAAAUAAAACACUUCAUAAAUAGAAAAAUAUAUUUUUAUAUUUCUAUUUGCGAUAUAUAUAAUUUACCUUCUGUUAUAAAUGGUCUUAAUGUGUUAUCUAAGUAUUAUAUAUAUCUUAAAAAAUUAGUAGCAUUUUAAUGAAGUUUUUUUGUUUUUGAUUAUCAUAGCUGUAUAUAGAU